CGUAUAUAGCGUAGUUCUGGAAAGCCCUCUUUCUCUCCCUCCCUUGUUGGAGCCUCAUCUUCGACCCCCCGUCUCUCCGCCGCUCCGCCACCACCGACCGCCGUAACUGCGCCACUACACCGCCGAGCUUAGGUGCAGAAGACUGCAAGUCCGUUUACGGAAUUUCAGUUAAUUUGGAUGGCGAUCAUACCUUGUGGAAGUACAUGGGUUGCUCGUUGGGGACAACCUCAACCUGCAUUGAGAUCUUCUGUUACGAGCAAGUUAAUUACGUCUCCAAAUUGUGUCUCAAGUAGGAUAAGAGCCUUGGCAGCACCUAGUUCAGCCAUGUUUUCUCAAGAAUCCAUCCAUGCAUUAUUUAAAAUGGUUCCAUCUAGGAAUCCAUGUCAGCGAAGAGGAGCUCGUUUCAUUGUCAGAGCUGAUAGUGAUUACUAUGCUGUCCUUGGGGUGCCAAAAAAUGCUAGCAAGUCGGAGAUCAAAAGUGCAUAUCGAAAGCUUGCCAGAAGUUAUCAUCCUGAUGUGAGCAAAGAACCUGGAGCAGAGCAGAAAUUCAAGGAAAUAAGCAAUGCUUAUGAGGUGCUGUCCGAUGACGAGAAACGUUCCAUAUAUGACCGGUAUGGAGAAGCCGGGCUUAAAGGUGCUGGAAUGGGCAUGGGGGAUUUCAGCAACCCCUUUGAUCUGUUUGAGUCAUUAUUUGAUGGCUUGGGUGGUAUGGGCGGGAUGGGCGGAAUGGGCAUGGGUGGAAGGGGAUCCCGUAGUAGGGCCACAGAGGGCGAGGACCAGAUAUACAACUUGGUUUUGAACUUCAAAGAAGCAGUCUUUGGCGUAGAAAAGGAGAUCGAAAUCACUCGGCUUGAGACAUGCAGCACCUGUGAUGGCUCAGGUGCCAAGGCCGGGACCAAGCCAUCUAAGUGCAGCACGUGUGGCGGACAAGGACAAGUCGUCACCUCAGCUAGGACCCCGCUAGGCGUCUUCCAGCAGGUAAUGACCUGCAAUACCUGUGGUGGGACGGGGGAGACUUUCACACCUUGCAGUACGUGUGGUGGCGAUGGCAGAGUCAGGAAGUCCAAGCGGAUCAGUCUGAAAGUCCCUGCCGGAGUUGAUUCCGGCAGUCGACUCAGGGUUCGCGGCGAAGGCAAUGCAGGAAAGAGGGGCGGCGCCCCAGGAGACCUCUUCGUGAUCAUCGAUGUUCUUCCAGAUCCCGUACUGAAAAGAGAUGACACCAAUAUACUCUACAACUGCAAGGUCUCCUACAUUGACGCCAUCUUAGGGACAACGACCAAAGUGCCCACGGUGGAUGGGAUGGUUGACUUGAAGAUCCCGGCCGGCACCCAGCCGGGAACCACGCUGGUGAUGGCCAAAAAAGGGGUGCCAUUUCUCAACAAAAGCAGCAUGAGAGGGGACCAGCUGGUGAAGGUGCAAGUAGAGAUACCCAAACGGCUGAGCGCCGAAGAGAGGAAGCUUAUAGAAGAACUGGCCAACCUGACCAAGGCCAAAGCCCCAAACAGCAGGAGAUAGUGCAGGCCUGUGGGUGUGGCCUCAGUUUUCUUUUCCUCUCCUCUCCUCUCCCUCCACUGGGCUCUAAGCAAUGUCAACGUAGAUGCCAAUGCCAAUGGCAGCUAGAUUUGGGGGGGCAAUGAGGUGAGAGUGGGUGGCUGAAGCUCAAUGCUUCUGUACUGCUUAAUUUUGGAGGUAGGGUUUGUAACUCUAUAUUUUAUUUUUAUACAAUUAUUACACCUAGAGAUCUAGAAGAAAACCCCAAAAGGAGGACAAGACCUGAAAGAGAUGUUUAUUUUUUCUUUA